CCAUGCAAGCAAAUUGAAAAAUGGCGGACCAUAAUACCGGCAAAACCAGGGUGGAUGACGGCGGCUCUGGCGGCGGUGGCAGUGGGGAGGUCAAGUACCGCGGCGUCCGGAAGCGGCCGUGGGGGAAAUACGCGGCGGAGAUUCGGGACAUGACUAAGCCGGCGGGGGCGAGAGUUUGGCUGGGAACGUUCAACUCGGCGGAGGAGGCGGCGAGGGCUUAUGACAGGGCGGCUUACGCCACCCGCGGCCACCUCGCCAUCCUUAACUUCCCCGAAGAGUACAAUUUGCCCAGAACCUCCUCCCACUUCUACUCUGCUUCUUCUUCUUCUUCUUCUUCCGCCAUGGAAGCCGGCGGCAAGGAAGUGAUUGAGUUUGAGUGCUUGGACGAUAAGGUGCUGGAAGAUCUCCUCGACUACGAUCAAAAUCCCGGGAAGAAGAACAGAGGUUGAUUUCGAUGUGUACGAUGAUGAUAAUUAAUACGCUAAUUAUGUCUGCUAAUAACGAAUGCCGGUGCCGGCAUUUCACUGUUUGGGGAUGGAAUGUUAGUUGUGUUUGUUUUCACUCUUUUUCUGAAGAGUGUUUGGUCAAAUAAAUGCAUGCAAUCUCUUCCUUAGCAUUGCAGACUAAAUAAACUUGCAUGGAUAUGAUGCAUGCAUGGAAAUGAUGGAAUGGUUCAUCUUCAAAUAAUUGGUUCCACCCCCUAUGUAUGUAAAUAUAUGAAGUGUGGUUUUCAAUGGAGUGUGAUGUUUCA